UUCCAAAAGUUGCCGGAUGGCAGGUCCGAGCAGACAACAGUUACCCGACUUCCUCCUAGCGCGGAUUGGCCACCCUGACUACCCGGGCCUGGCGUGGCAGGGGCCCGGCAGGACGUUCUUCUCCGUCCCCUGGCCAAGGUUCGACGGAGAGAACUCCGAUCUGAACAGAGAAUUCACAUUGUACAAGCUUCUGCAGGAGUGGGAAGCGAACCAGGGAAGGCCACUCCACCCUCCCGACCCCACCAGGUGGAAGGCUCGGCUGAGGAACGCUAUCGCGAGGUCUCGCGAGAUUGAGGAAGUCUCGGACCGGGCCCAAACAGAGGGAGGGGAGCCGUGCAGACUGUACCGCUUCACAAACUUUGCCCCCCUCUCCACAAUACUGGUGUCCGUGUUCUAUCGAGGUGUACAAGUGACGUCACAUCACCUAGUGACCGACUGCUGGGUUUUCUACCCUUCCGUUCUGUCCCCCCAAGAGCAGGAGCAAGUCAGCGAAAAUCUCCCGCCAGAUGUCGAUCGACUAGAACUACCCCCACCUUACGUUAACGACGUUCCCAUCAACCAGAUCCUGUCACACUUCAGACAGGGCAUCUUUCUCAACGUCACUGGUGGCUGCGUUUAUGCAGUUCGUCGCUGUGUGGCGCGCGUGUUCUGGAGAAGCUCGCGUUCCCCGGAUGUAGAAAACGCUCUUCAGCGGGACGAAGCUGUGGAACUUUUGAACUGCGCAGACAUGGGUGGCGAUGAGCAGAGCUUGAUGGUAGAGCUUAGCGUGGGGCAGAGUGUUCUGUGCAGCGGCCUUGUAACUGUAGUAGUGACAGCAACUCGCUAGGUGGCAGCACAGAAUUAAAACGGGAACAGUCGGUCCUUGGCUAUGUGAAGCCAGUUUUAUUACUAAGAACAGCUCAGGAUUUCUAUGUCUUCUAGGGCAGCUUUGAGUGAAGAACCAAGUAUUACAAAAGAAUAUCUUUUUCUAUCAGACACGCUUGUUUUAGUUUCAUGCAUAUAUAAAGAAAAAUCCAUGUCAAAAGCCACCAAGUAAAUAUAUGCUUAACCCUGACAGAUACUUCAACUAGUAAGA